AUGUAUGGAUUCCGUACUGGUCCACAAUCUGACAUCCAAACAACCAGUAGUGCUUUACAGUCAUAUGUACAGGCGUUAUUAGAGGCGGGGCCAUAUAGUCGUACUGUUAUCUCAGAAAUAACGUCUGACAGCGACACCACUCAUAAUAACGCCUAUGCUGAAGAAAAACCCAAGCAUUUUUAUAAAUUAAAAAUAUUACGACAAAAGUUUUUAAAAAUACGAUUUGAUCGGUUGUCUUUAUUAGCUGCCUUAGACAGGAACAUAUCAUAUAUAGAGACUCUGAUAACUGUGAUAAUGGCUGUAGCAGUAGGAGCAAUAGGGGCCCUGGUUCUAUCUUCGAAUUUCUACCAUGAAAUCUGGAUAUUUUUCUUCUGUUUAAAUCUGGCUGGUUGUCAGUACUGUCUGUUAAAGAGCGUGCAACCAGAUGCUGCUUCACCAAUGCAUGGAUACAAUCGACUCAUUGUUUUUAGCCGUCCAUUUUAUUUCUGUUUAUUUUGUGGAUUAUUGUUAUUGUUAAACUACUGUAGUCAGGUCGCUGGCAAUGAAGUUUUGACCUUAUAUGGAAUUUCGUUUCCAGUGAAGUCCUCUCUAAUAUUCACUACACAUCUUUUCAAAGUAUUUAUUUUAUGUUUCCCUAUUAUAUUUACUCUGGGCCUCCUACCUCAAGUUAAUACUUUUAUCAUGUUCGUAUUAGAGCAGAUAGACAUGAACUUCUUUGGAGGAAAUGCAACCACAAGCUUGAUCUCCUCAGUGUAUUGUAUAUGUAGAAGUUUUAUUGCUGUUGCUCUGCUUUAUGGUUUCGCCUUCGCAGCCUUACAGGUAGAUAUUGAGGCAGCUCAGAAUCCCAUCUUUUCCAUCUUCUCAGCAGUUCUAGUUUCUGUUUCGUAUCAUCUGAGUAGAAGUGCCAGUGAUCCCAGUAUAUUGUGGAUGUUUAUUAAAGAUUCUGUUUUUAAAACAGAAGAAAAAGAGAAAGAAAAAGAAGGAAAAGAAACAGAAGAUUUAAUAGAUCCGCUACCAGAUAAACUUAAAACUUGUGUUAGUGAACGGCUACAGUCUGAUAUGAUAGUAUGUGUAUGUGUGACUAUAUUAGUAUUUGCUAUACAUGUCAGUACUGUUUUUACUAGCCCAGUUUUACAUCCUGUAUUGAGUGAUAUACUAUAUCUACUAGCAGCUAGUGUAGGAUUUAUAAUACAUUAUAUAAUUCCAAUGUUACGUAAAGAAAUGCCCUGGUUAUGUUGUUCACAUCCGAUUUUACAAAGUAAAGAAAGGAAUUAUUUUGAAGUUAAAGAACCAGCCAAGAUAAUGUGGUUUGAAAGAUUAUAUUUAUGGUUAAGAUUUAUAGAGAGAAAUUGUUUAUAUACUGUGGUUUGUUUAUGUGCCUUGACAACAUCAGCACCUUCAAUAACCUGUAAAUUUAAACAUUAUAUGGGGCCAUUAAUAAUAGUUAUAUGUGGUUUGAAACUGCUGAGAUUUGCAUUCAGUGACACACCAAGACAAUAUAUGAUAUUAACAUUUACUAUAUUUUUCUUUAAAUACGACCAUCGUACAACAUCAGAAACCUUUCUUAUUGAUUAUUUCUUCAUGUCCAUCUUCUUUAAUAAGUUUUGUGAUUGGGUAUUAAAGAUGAAGUUUAUUAUAACUUAUAUAGCUCCAUGGCAGAUCACCUGGGGCUCAGCAUUCCAUGCCUUUGCUCAACCAUUUAGUGUACCUCAUUCUGCCAUGUUAUUUUUACAAGCUGUAAUAUCAGCCAUAUUUUCUACCCCAUUAAAUCCAUUUCUGGGUAGCGCCAUAUUUAUAACCUCCUAUAUACGCCCGGUUAAAUUCUGGGAACGUGAUUAUAAUACAAAGAGAGUUGAUCAUACCAAUACCAGACUUGCCUCACAGUUAGAUAGAAAUCCAGGUGCAGAUGAUAAUAAUUUAAACUCAAUAUUUUAUGAACAUCUAACCCGAUCUCUACAACAUAGUUUAUGUGGAGAUCUAAUAUUAGGACGAUGGGGUAAUUAUACCCAGGGUGAUUGUUUUAUUAUGGCCUCAGAUUACCUCAAUGCUCUAGUACAUAUCGUAGAAACUGGAAACGGUCUGGUGACAUUUCAACUUCGUGGUUUAGAAUUUAGAGGGACAUAUUGUCAACAGAGAGAAGUAGAAGCUAUAACAGAAGGAGUAGAAGAUAAUGAAGGAUUAUGUUGUUUUGAGCCUGGUCAUCUACCUCAUUUUCUCAGUUUAAACACAGCCUUCAACCAGCGCUGGUUGGCCUGGGAAGUUGUUGUUACCAAAUAUGUCUUAGAGGGUUACAGUAUCUCAGAUAAUAGUGCUGCUUCCAUGUUACAGAUAUUUGAUCUUCGAAAAGUUUUAAUAACUUACUACAUUAAGAGUAUAAUUUACUAUACAGUCCGCUCUCCGAGGUUGGUAGAAUGGUUAGAUAACUCCAGUAUUAUGGAGGCACUACAGACCACAACUAAUGAAGAUUAUGUUGACCUUGAUCCUACAUUUAAUAUCCAUGUUGAUGAAGACUAUGAUCCAAAGCUGUCUGGUAUAUCAAGGACCAGUUUCUGUCGAGUUUAUCAUAGCUGGAUACAAUACUGCGUUUCUAGAAGAGACAAGAGUGUAAACUGUGAGAAAGGCAGUGAUCUAGUAUCAUUAUGUUAUAGUCUCAGUUUAUUGGGUAGAAGAGCUCUAGGGGCUGCCUCACAGAAUGUAGCUUCAGCUAGUGUUGAUUUUUUCCUGUAUGGUUUACAUGCCUUAUUUAAAGGAGAUUUCCGUAUCACAUCUCCCAGAGAUGAAUGGGUAUUUGCUGAUAUGGAAAUGAUGAGAAGAGUUGUUGCCCCUGCCAUUAGAAUGUCUUUGAAGUUACAUCAGGAUCAUUUUACGUCACCAGAUGAAGAAGAUGAUGUGGAAUGUUUGUAUGAUGCCAUCACAAAUCAUGAAUCCAAUAUGGUGAUCUCACAUGAAGCUGAUCCUGCCUGGAGAAACGCUGUUUUAUCAAACGUCUCCUCACUUUUAGCUUUGAGACAUGUUUUUGAUGAAGGUUCUGAUGAAUAUAAAAUUAUUAUGUUAAAUAAAAGAUAUCUUAGUUUUAGAGUUGUUAAGGUCAAUCGUGAAUGUGUGAGAGGAUUAUGGGCCGGACAACAACAAGAAUUAAUAUUCUUACGUAACCGUAAUCCAGAACGAGGCAGUAUACAGAAUGCUAAACAAGCUUUACGGAAUAUGAUAAAUUCCUCUUGUGAUCAACCUAUUGGGUAUCCUAUCUACGUGUCGCCAUUGACAACAUCUUAUUCCUCGACACAUGAACAGAUUGGCGGUGAAUUUAUUUUAGCUAACGUCAAGCGAUUCUUCCAUCGAAUUUGGAGAAGAUUACGUAACCAAUGUGACACCACGUGUGUUGGAGGAAGUUCAGCGUUCCAUGAUGAUCUCCCUUAUACAGUUAGUCAUAGCCAACAGGUGGCAGUAGCUACCCUGGGCAAAUCUGAAGAAGGUAAACAUUUUAUUUUCAUUCUAUCCAAAUCAUGGGUUCCUUUUUAUUCCAUUGGUAUUAAAUGCAAGCUCCAUUUUCUUGAAAAUUUCAAUCCAAUUUACUCUUGUUUUAAAAUUUCAGUUUCUACUCCAACCAAUCAGGGUCAAGAAAUUCCUCUGCAGAAUCUAGGUAACCGUGGUAGUUUGAUAUCUACAGCUAGUUCAGCAAGUAAACCCAGUGCUCUAGCUUCAUUAGCUAACCUUAUAGUGGAUCCGUCAUCUUAUAAAGAUAUAACACCAUAUAGAGUCAGGAUAAUGGAUCCUAAUCAAGUUUACGACAAUUUAAAUCUGGGACGAAGAAUUGAUGUACAGUGGCCAAAUGACGAUUGGAAACAAAAUGGUGGUAAAAAUUCUUGGAAUGACUGGCGACCAUCUAAAGGUGUUGAAGGGACAGUGGUACAUCGAUGGUUACCUGGACAUCGUGACCUUAAUAAACGAUCUCAUGUUGAUAAAACGAUAUUAUUAGUGCAGAUUGGGGAACGAUAUGUGCCAGUAGCAGACGCUGGAGUCAUGGAUCUUGGUGCUGAGGUUUGA